CCUGCUCCUGCUUCCCCCGCGCGCCGACCCCUGGUCCUGCUCCCCCCGCGCCGCUGCUGUCCGUCCAAAUAGCUGGAUUCGAUCUCUGCAUGGCCGACUGCUAGGGUUCGUCGCAUGUUCCCUCCACGGCCAUGGCAGUCUGGUUUGGUUCUAGCAUGUGUAGAACGUGGGUACUAGAGGAAGAGGAAGAGGAGGACGAAGAUGAUUUUCUUUUGCUUGUUGAUGAUGAUGACUUGGAGGUAGUGCAGUUGUUUGAGCUCGAGAAUGCUGAAUCCUCUCGUCGUAUUCGUCGUUCGAAUGGUCCACCAAAGCAAAUACGACAGAGGGAUCAUGCGGCCGGGGAUGCUAGGAUCCGUGCUGACUACUUUGGUCCCAAUCCUGUUUACUCGGCGCUCCAGUUCCGUCGACGGUUUCGAAUGCGCGUCCAUGUGUUUGAGCGCAUUGUUGAAGCGAUUGAAGGUGCAGACUCCUACUUCAAGCAAAAGGAGGACGCCGUUGGGCAUCUUGGGCUCACUAGUUUGCAAAAGUCAGUUGCUGCUAUUCGCAUUCUUGCUUAUGGUCUACCUGCUGAUGCUAUAGAUGAGUAUGUCCGUAUUGCCGAGUCAACUGCUCGUAAGGCUCUCCACCAUUUUUGUCGGGCUAUCAUUUCUGUAUUCGGGGAGUACUACCUACGUGCUCCGAAUGCAGCAGAUGUAGAAAGGCUUCUCAGAAUCGGAGAACAACGUGGAUUUCCAGGAUUGUUGGGAAGCAUUGAUUGUAUGCACUGGGAGUGGCGCAAUUGCCCCGUGAGAUAUAAAGGCAUGUUCACAGGGCGUGGGAAGCAUCCAUCCAUGAUACUUGAGGCGGUAGCUUCGCAUGACCUUUGGAUAUGGCAUGCCUAUUUCGGCAUGCCGGGCAGCUGCAAUGAUAUUAAUGUCCUUCAAAAGUCACCCGUCUUCUCCCCAUUUUUGAAAGGCGAAGCAGCUCCGGUAUCAUUCACCGUUAAUGGUCACACAUAUGACAUGGGUUAUUAUCUAGCUGAUGGAAUUUACCCCAAUUGGUCAGCUUUUGUGAAGACCAUUUCCAAUCCUAUGGAUACGAAGGCAGCACGCUUUGCUAAGGAGCAGGAAAGUGCUCGUAAAGAUAUUGAGCGCGCUUUCGGUGUCCUUCAAUCUAGGUGGGCUAUUGUUCGAGGCCCUGCAUAUGGUUUCCAUCGUGAUGAGAUUAGGAACAUUUUGACAGCAUGCAUAAUUAUGCAUAAUAUGAUUAUCGAGGAUGAAGGGAAACUUGCAGAGAACACGGACUAUGAGAAUAUUGGAGUUACUGCUGCUCCAUACCGGACCAUAACCCAAGAGAGAUCAGAUUAUAUCAAGAAACAUCAUAAGUUGAAGAAUCCUGCCAUCCAUAGUCAGUUACAGAUGGAUCUCAUCGAACACCAUUGGAUGAGGCAUGGUUCAUCCUAAUCUGAGUACGAAGAUAUCAAUGGCUGCUCUGCCUGCAUAUGCUUCUUUUAGAGUCAUAUUAUGUAUGGAGUCAUAAGUACCGUAAUCUUGUUAUGUUGGAUGUUUAUGGCAGUAUUCAUUAAGGAAACUAGUCACUUUUGCACUGCUAUUUGGGUUCAGUAUCUACAUAAUAUAUGUAGGUUGACAAUAUCCUGCAUUUCAUUAUCUGUUAAUUAGUUUGUUCUUAAUUGAUAUAUGUUAUUAGCAUGGUGCGCA